UAAAAUCUUGAUUCGUCUUAUUAAUAAUUGUCGUUGUUAAUACCAAUUCGAAUCGAACAAUCUACGAUCGAUUUAUUAUGUCGGUAAAGUGUGCGCGGCGGGCACGGUAGGUUAGUUGACCGCGGGGCCGAGCGAGCGCUGAGCUGACAGUAGGCCGGCGACGUCACAGUGGGCCGGUUGAGCCUUCCUUCGUUCGAUUCAGGCAGGCUCUUCUAUUCGUUUUACAUGUAGCAAGCAGGGUCGCGGGGUGCAGUUCAGACAUGGGAAGUGAGCAUUACUGCCUGAGGUGGAACAAUCAUCAGAGCAACUUGCUGGGUGUGUUCAGUCAACUGCUGGAGUCGGAGUCGCUGGUGGACGUGACACUGGCGUGCACGGAGGGACCAUCGAUACGCGCCCACAAGGUAGUCCUCUCCGCGUGCUCCAGCUACUUCCAGGCCCUGUUCCUCGACCAUCCGAACCGUCACCCCAUCGUCAUCCUAAAGGACGUACGUUUCGCCGAGUUACGUACCCUCGUCGACUUCAUGUAUAAGGGCGAGGUAAACGUCGAGUACUGCCAGCUCUCGGCGCUUCUCAAGACAGCGGAGAGCCUCAAGGUGAAAGGUCUGGCGGACAUGACGAACAUCAACGCUGCCGUAGCUUCGCGAGAGGAUCAACAGACGCAACAGGCCCAACAGCAACAACAGCAACAACAGCAGCAACAGCAACAGCAACAGCAGCAACAGCAGCAGCAGCAGCAACAACAACAAUCGCAACAACAAAAUCAACAGGCUCAACAGCAACAACCGCAACAACAGCCGCACGAUAGAAGCACGGAGUGUUUGCAACGGGAAUCCUCGCGAGAGCAACACCAUAGGGAACGCGAAAGUAUAAAGGAUAAUAGCAGUAGCGUUGGCAAGUCGAACGACAGGGAGAGAACCGAGGGAAACGUUUCAGGCGUCGCGACGGCGGCCUCGGCCGGCGCGACGACGUCCAGUCAAGGCACGAAAGAUUCUGCCGAUCAACAACAGCAUCAGCAGCAGCAACAACAGCAACAACAGCAACAACAACAACAACAGCAGCAGCAGCAACAGCAGCAGCAACAACCGCAACAGCAGCAACAGCAACAGCUGCAACCGCAAACGCAACAGCAGCAACAGCAGCAGCAACAACAGCAACAACAAUCGAGCCAUCCGCAGCAAGGUACGACGAGCGAUUCGGGCGAGGCCGUCGACAUGACGGAUUGUCCGGGCUCCCCAACGGGCCCAGGUAGUCCCUGUCCCGGUCCAUUGGCUCUCGAUCGACCGAGAAGGGAUUCCGAGGAUGCUGCCAGCCUCGAAGAAACUAGAGGAUCUCUCAGUCCGAUUUCGGUACACAGUGGUCCUUCCGACAUGAGCCUGAGCAAUAACACCGCCGGUACACCUGGUGUCUUACCUUUGAACUUACCGCAGAGCCGACUUCCGUCCCCGCACAGUACCGAACCACUCGCAGGGCCAUCAGGCCUACCUCCUGUUCAACAAGUUCCCCUUUCGUUGAAAAAGGAAAUGGACUGGGAAAGAUCGACCGAGGAACGGAGCGUCACCAGUGAAAUAUCCACGGACUACAGACUCCCGCCAGAUCCGGUAUCUUUGGCGUUGGGCCUCGAAGCGGGUGGUUGGGGUGCACUCGUCGAAAGAUCGAGCGGACAUCAUCAUCAUCAUCACGGUGGAGGAAGCGGAACGGGAGGUGGUGGUUCCUCGUUGAUCGGUCACGGAAGUUUCGCAAGUUUGGCGGGUUUGGCACGACGUUGCGGAGUCUGUUUGGCUACCUUCCCGUCGGCCUGGUUGCUCGAACGUCACGCUUUGCUGCAACACGCCGGUCAAUCGAACGACGACAAGCCGUUUACGUGCGAGCAGUGCGGUCAACGUUAUCGUUACCGUUCAGCUUACGUUAAACACCGUGAGCAGAAUCAUCGAGCACGUUUGCCGGCGGACAAGCUCUUCACCUGCGACGUAUGCGGCAUGCAAUUCAGGUAUCUUAAAUCGUUCAAGAAGCAUAGACUGAAUCACGCGUUGGAAAGAUUGCAACGUGCACCGAGCGAGACCCACAACGUUUCGGUUUUAACGUCGCCGGUUGCCGAGAGAAGCGAUCAGGUAUCGAGUACGGGCGAGCCAAGUCAAAUCGAGACUGGUAGCGACUCGACGACCAAUCCGGGAGACGUCGAAGAGUCCAGGGGUAUAUUUUCGGAAAAUGCGAGAGGGGAGGAGAGCGUGUCGGAGACGGCAAGUAUCCAAGAUAAUCCAGGUGAGGCGAUCGAGGCGAUACAAAUGACGGAUACGUUGGUAAACGAGACGACUACGACGACGACUACGGCUACGUCCGGUAUGAUGAUGAUGACGACGACGACGACAACGACGACGACGACGACGACCGCCGCGACGAUUACGAGAACUAUGACGUCUACUACUGCGGCGUUGAUGACGUCAGGUUGCAGAAGCAACCUAGCCGGCUUGAUAUCCCCGUCCGUGGUCGGAAGUGACAUCGGCUUGCACAACAUUGGCACAGGUAACACCACGACGAUGGACGUAGUCGCAGACCCUGACGAAUCGGUUCUAGACGAUGGCGAACGUGGCGAGGCACAGGAUGCUACUAUGAUCACUUUGGCACGAACAGGACACGAGGCCGAUCGCCGCGAACGACGUUUCGCCUGUCCGUUCUGCGGCAAGUGCGUAAGAUCGAAAGAAAAUUUAAAAUUACACGUACGCAAACACACGGGAGAACGUCCAUUCGUUUGUCUAUUUUGCGGACGUGCCUUUGGCGGUAAAAGCGAUCUAACGAGGCACUUACGAAUACACACUGGCGAACGGCCAUAUCAUUGCGAAAUGUGCGGAAAAUGUUUCGCCCGUGCCGACUAUCUUUCCAAACAUUUAACCACUCAUAUACAUCAGCGUUAAGAUCAUCCCUCGAUCUUCUUCGAUCGAAUCGAUCCCUCCUAAGUUCCUAGAGGGAUUUUUUCUUGAUCCUUACAACCCUAUCCCCACCACCCGCUCCUCUCCCUUUUUACGCACGCGAGCGUGUCUUCUAUAUACA